GCCAUGGCUUUGCCACCUUUAUCUAUUCGAGGUGAUUUGGGAGUUGUUUCUACUGCUGUAGUUAGAUAUGCAUAUCCACUCCUAAAAUCAUUUGCAAAAAUGGGACCUCAUGGUGUUCUUGGUGCCACAAAGCUUUUACGCCCUUUUUCAGAAAUAGUUGAUUCAUUGGGACUCAAAGAUCCUUUCAUUAGAAAUUGGGUGGAUCUUUUGUCUUUCUUACUUGCUGGAGUGAAAUCCGAUGGUGUUCUUUCAGCAGAAAUGAUUUAUAUGUUUGCAGAAUGGUAUAAACCAGGUUGUAGUUUAGAAUACCCUGUUGGUGGAACUGGAGCACUUGUUGAGGCUCUUGUUCUCAGAUUUUCCUUCUGAUAAACUUCCAAAAAUGUCAGAACCUUCACAACUUAUGACAGAAAAUACACGUUCUGAUCUUUAUGUUGCACUCCCUGUUCUCAGUCAAGGAAAGAAAUGGGUCUUACUAUACAGUACAUGGAGGCAUGGCAUAUCUCUUUCAACCUUAUAUAGAAGAAGCAAUAUUUG